GUUUGCAUCGAGCCAAACGGCAUCACUUGUGAGUUGGUCCACCGCUCGACACACAUCCGUGGAUAUUUCUUUUCGGGUUUCACUUGCGUAGUGUGAAAGCCAGGGAGGACAUCGGAACAGAAAGAGAGCAGGUUUCUGAAAUGGGAGCUACAGCAUCAUCCGCGCAACAGGACAGUAGAUGUGAGGAAGACGCAGCGCCGGAGGAACAGACUGCGGGGGCGAGUGAUGCUCGGGAUGACGCCAAUGCUGAUGACAAGUUGUUACAGACAAAUAGACAGAUCUCCAGUUUGCAUAUAAAGACAAAGAACCAUGCAGAUGAAUUAAAUGGACACUUUGAGGAGAGGGUACUUGCAGAUGUUGGCUCAGGGUUUGUUACUAUAAAAGAAGAUGGCACAAUUGAUGAUCUUCAUGAUGUGGAUACCCUUCAACCAAACACUCAGAACGAGAGCAGAGAAAUGGUUAAUUCAGAUGGUGUGAGUGUGGAGGGAAUGGAGGAGGAUGGCCAAGUAAAUGAUAUCAAUGAAGAUGGCUUCAAAAAAAUCUUCAGAUUUGUUGGAUUUAAGUUCACCCUGAAAAAAGACACAUGUGAAAAGACUGAAGGAGAAGGGUUACUACCAAAUGAGCAAGUAGAGAAAGUGGCAAGUACCUCUGAAUACUUUGAGGCAACCAAAGUGACAAUCACUGAGGCAGCAUAUGAAAACAUCUCAUAUGAGAACACGCCUGAUGAUCCAUUGAACAGUGCCGUGUCUGCCCAGCCUGAGGGAGCUGAUCCCUCUCAAAAAACAGAAAAUGAAACCAAAGUGGAUCAGGAAGCAGAUAUAGGGGAACAUAAUUUAGAGGUCACACCUUUUAAAGAACAGGAAAAAGUUGCUGAAGCAAGUCCUGAGUCAGAGGAGCCGAUUUCGCCAAUCAAACAAUUCUUUACAGAAGGAAUUUUUGCCAGUUUAAGAAAGAAAAAGAAAGAGGCGGAAAUACAAAAAGACAGAAAGGAAGAGGAACUCAAAAUAAUUGAUCAAAUAGAUGCUGCAAAGGAGGCUGAAAAAGAGGGUAGUAAAUGCAUAUGCAUUGAUAUACCUCAUAUCAUAUCUGAAGAAGAAAAAGAUUUACAGGGGAAAGGAGACAUCAAGUUUUUACCUGAAGAAGAACUACAGAAAUCUCUAGAGAAAGAUAAAGUACAAGGAAGUCCACUUAAAAGACUUUUCAGGAAAUUUUCCACAAGAAGGCAGAGAGAAAAUAAAACUGUUGAAAAUGUGAUUGAGGCUGUGGAAAAAGUCUCUGAACAGCCUGAGUCAUCAUCGGAAUUGCCAGAGGUCCAGAAAGUGGAGGAACCACUGAUUGAAGAACCAAAAUCAUCUGAAGAGGAGCAGUUGGCUGAUGUUAACCCUCAAGAUAACAAAAAGAAAUCUGACUCCACCGUUACCUGGGAGGCACUGGUUUGUGGUGGUUCUGCUAGGAAAAGGGCUAGAAAAGCAUAUGAUGAGACACCAGACAAAGGAGAGGAACAUGAGAAAAAAAAUGAAUCUCCACUAGGAAGUUCUUUUGAGGGCGAUUAUGAACAUCUUACGUCAUCCAGUGAUCAAGCUGGAAGUCCUGGAGAAGGACAGGCAGGAUCCACUUGGAAAACAUUUAAAAAAAUGGUCAGCCCAAAGAGGAAGGUAAGAACGGGAGAAAGUAGCUCACCUGAACCGAUUCUUUCAGACAGUGAAAUGACCAAAGAUGACUCAUUUUCGAUAAAGAAACUUAUUCCAGGGCAUAAAAAGAGAAAAUCUGAUGCAAUGCAAGAACAGACAUCCUCUGAUGAGGCUGGUAAGGAUGCUGAAAGUGGUGAUGAAGAUGAUGAAACACCAGCGAUUAUUCCAUUGUCCGAGUAUGAAAUAAUAGAGCCUGAAAGUCUUCGAGAGUUGAAUGAAAAACUAGUUGAAAUUACUAUAGAACAUGAGAUGACAGAGAUGACUUCACAAGUGUUAGACAAGGACAAACCAAAUGAAUCAGAGCCCAAGCUUGCAGCUAAAGUUUCAAAUAAUGUACAUGUUCCAUCAGAAAACUUUGAAGAACUGACAGACUUCAUAAGCAAACAUCAACAACUGAAUGAUAUACCAGAGGAAGGGAUCGAGGAAAGCAUAGAAAUGCCAAUAUCAUCUGCUGAGUGUACAACACAGGAUGACUCCUUUGCUGAGGACUUUGUAGUGCCUGCAAGUGAAGAAUUAAUUGGGGAGCACACAACUGAAAUGGUCUCAGCAGUCUCCCAGCUAACAGAAUCACCCAAGAUAUCUGGGCAUGUUACACCAGUGGCGGCUGAAUACAGCAUUCAGAUGUCAGAUGUGAUCUUACAAGAAGCUGUUCAAUCUAUGUGCAUGACUCCAAGUGUUCAGUCAGUAACCACAAAAGAUGAUAGCCAAAAAUCCCUGGCUGUGUCACUUUCACCUUAUAUUCUACAGUCAUCCACACCAGAAGAAACAAAAGUUUUAGUUGCACAUAAGAAAACAGAUGCAACAGCAAUAUGUACAGGUCUAAUAUCUCAGGAAAUAGAAUCUUUGGAAGAACAUCUUCCUGCACCCUUAGUGGAGGAGGUACCUGAAGUAAGUGAUGCUCUCCUGACUGAAUUAGUCUCUGAUAACCUGACAGAUGUACCCGAAGUAGCAGGACUUGGGACAGAUGAUGUCUAUGAAGCUGAAAUCGUGGAAGUUAAAACAAAGUAUAAGAAACAAAUUAUAACAAAUGCCACUGAAACUGAACUCAAUAUAGAGCAAGAAAUUCAGUUGAUGGCAGAGCAGGACAAAGAGGAAUGUCCAACAGAACCAGUGAUGGGUAUUGAACCAGUUUAUGUGGCAGUGAUUGAUACAAUACAACGUGAAGCUGUGCUGGACCAGGUAAUUGCUGAAAACAUCCAUGAUCCUGAGACAGAAGGUCCAUUACACCCAGUGUUAGAAGAAUCUGUGUAUAUACAACCAGUACAUUGCACCGAAGUAACUGCUGAAGUUGAAAACAUGAUCAAGCUUCCAGAUGAUGAAUUGUCAGCUGCUGAGUUUGAGCAAGCUGCACUACCUGAAGUGUUGGAGUUUUUGACACAUUAUGUAGCCAGUGUUCCUGACACUACUCGAAGUGAAGCUGCAGACAUUCAUAAAGAAGGAAAUGACAUUUUUGCCUCUACUGUGGAAUGUCUUGAAACCAAAUAUACUAUUAGUCCAAUUUCAGAUCCCAUAAAGGCAGAGGUGAUCGAAGUAGAAGACAGGAUACAAACAGAAUUAGUUGAAUCAGUGCAUGAGGAUGUUCAUGAAAUGCAAUUGGACAUAAAAGAUACAGUCUUAAAAACAGCAGGGGCACAAGUAGAGACAGUUAUUCAAGUUGUCUCAGCAGGUGAUUCAGCAAUUGUUGUGGAAGACAUCUGUGAGCAAAUACAAGAAAUUGGAGGGGGAAAAAUGGAACAGCAGAAAAUUGAGAACAUACAUGUAGAGGAGAGUAUGGAUGUUGUUGCUUCAGAAGAUUUUCAAAAUUUUGAUGCUGAAAACAUUUCAGGAACUGCAGCUGAAUUUUUUGUCUGGGAAGAGUUGCAGGAUAAACAGUUAAACAUACCAGCCGAGGAGGUGUCACUUCCAGAAACAGUAUUAGUUGAGGAGACUGAAGAGGUGGAUAUAGUUACAAUGGAGCCUGAAGAAAUGCCCAAAGAAUUAGAUACUUAUGUAGAAGAUAAAGUGGAAGAAGAUGCAUGUGACAAAACAGACAGGAAAGGUCUGAAUGAGGAAGAGGAACUUGCCGUGAAGGAAAAGCAACCAUUAACAUACAUUGAAGCAGAUGAAUUAGAGAAUCUAGAGGUUUCUGCGCAUACACAUAUUUCUGAGGCAUCUCCUGAAAUUAUUGAAAACGAUGAUGGAACAGAAAAUACAGAGAUGGUUAGUGGAAUAAGAGAGGAUUCAGAUGUUUCUGAGAGUUCAAAGGAUGUAUUGGAGCACAAAGAAACAACAGCAGAGCCUGAAGCUAAAUCUGAAGUCAUGCUAACACAUCUAGAAACUGCUGUUCCCCAAGUUGAGACAAAACCUAUACAAACAGAAAUCAUGGACUUUCAAACAGAAUUGAGUCUGGACAGUGAACAAAGUCCAGAAACUUCCAAAGAGGAUAAACAAACAAUAACAACUGACAAUAUUAAGACUGUUAAAGUUUUAGAGAUGGUUGGUAUUAUAGAGAAUGUAACAAAACAAUCAGAGAUGGAGAAACUAGUACCAGUAGCACAGGCACUUGUAGUAUCUGAGCUACCAAAGGUCACAGAAAAAGAUAAUGAUGCAUUAGCAAUAACUGAAUUAAUUGCUGAACUCAGGGCCUACUGA